UACGAGUGGUAUUUGCUUAGAUCAAGCAGCCUCGAGGAUGGAUGUUGUAUAAAUUACUUGCGAUGGGCCGUCCGGUCACAUAUCCCUGUAAAACGAGAACAUGAAGAUCGCUUUCAUAGUCGCAAUAUCAUUGGCCUUCUUGGCUGUCACAUCAUGUAUCGAAUUCGAGAAGUCUACAGAAUCACACAACAUCCAAAAAAGAGGUGUGACCAUCACCGUCAAGCCACCAUUCCCCGGAUGUGUAUUUUACGAGUGCAUUGCUAACUGCAGGAGUAGAGGUUACAAAAAUGGUGGAUACUGUACCAUCAAUGGAUGUCAAUGUCUUCGAUAGUACAUACAAUUGACCACAAGAUUAAGACAACUAAAAAAGUAGUACAAGUAGUAGGUAGAAGUUGGAGAGAGUAAUUUCCAGAAAUAACGAAUUCUAUAAACAUCUUCUAAAUUACAAUCAUUAAUUACAAGCAUUCAUUGUAGUAAAAUUCUACUAGUAAUUUUAAAUUCACCAUCAGGUGGGCCAUAUGCUUGUUUGCCACUUCAGUGGUAUAUAAAAAAAUGUUUUAAUUUAAAUCAAUGUAACAAAAAUAUUACCUAUUAAUUAUAAAUGUUAAAAUAAAUAUACUUUUUAAACAGCUACCAAUACAAAAUUGUUCUCAAUUCGUCUGAAUUUUUUGUAACUAUGUAACCCUAUUACUAAUAUAUCUACUACUUCUGAACUAUUUUUCAUAAUUCUGUUUAUAAUUGACAUUAUUAUAUCAAUUUUAUGAUGAUUUGAUGAGCAAAAAACUCAUUGUUCGCAAGCAAAAUUAGCUUGGUUGUUGACACGAGAUUUCGCGUUCUGUAUUAAUUUAUUUUUAAUAACAGUUAUUUACGAAAUUCCUCGUCUAUAUAUGUGUAUAUAUUCACGGCUAGUAAACCGACCCGGCAUCAUACGGAUGGAUAGAUUUUUUGAAAAUAAAAUUAUAACCUUUGUUACUCGCUAAUAAUGUAGCUUUAUAGAAAUGAAGCUUCUAUAGGUGAAAGAAUUUUUAAAAACAGUUAAAUUGUUUUUGAGUUUAUGAAAAAUAAAUGACUAUUUAAAUGACAAUAAUCCAUGGAUUUGAAUAUUGUAUUAAUCUGAAGUGUAUAAUUAAUAUAUUAGUUUUCCUCUUAAUUAAUUAUAUAAAAUUGUAUGACGAUUAAUAGUAUGAAAUUCACUUGUAUGUAUAAUUUGAACUAUCUGUGUAACAACAUAAUUUUGUAUGCCGUACAGGCUAAACAUGUCGAACGAGAUUGUAUUGUUAACAUCUGCAUAUACGAGUAUAACAUACGCUUGGGUUACAAGCAAAUAAUCUUGAAUCUUAUUCUGAUUUAAAUGACUAUUAAUUAAUUUAAUUAACGUUAUUUUAUAUAGUAUAUUAAUUAUAAAAUGACGUAUCGGUAAGUAACAGAUAUAUGUAUAUGAAUAAAGUUUGUUUUGAUUGAUUGAUUGGUUGAAUUUAUCCAUUGCAAACAAACAAAUCUUUCUUCUUUAUAUAAUUAGUAUAAAUAUAAGGUGUUUUUAUAAAGCAAAGUAUGCAUAUUUGUAAUUGAGAAAUUCUAUGUAAAAACUCACACUCGAAUACUUAUGUAUAUUUUGCCUAUGUGUACGUAUUCCUGGUCCAUUUGCAUUUCAGCCCUAAAGGUAAAAUGCGGAUAAAAUCUGGAAAAAGGGUCUUGUGUUCACAAGUUUCUGCAUAAUGUCUUUUAAUACUACAUUAAGGAAUAUAUCUAAGUUAAAAUACUAUUACUGAGAUAAUGUAACAUACGUACAUCUCAAGGAAUGAUUAUUACUUUAUGUAAUACUGGUAUAUUAUUAAGUUGUGAUUAUUGUUUUAAUUGAGAAUGCUAUUUAGUAUUAAAUACGCCUUUUGUAUCACGUUCCUAAUAUAAUAACAAUAAUAAAUCUGUUUAUUGUCCUAUAUAUUUUAUAAUUGUAGUGCAAUAAAUAAAUGACACUCUUA